AUGGCCACUGAAGAGAAUCUAGAGGAAGUCAACUACAUUGGAGGAAACUAUGGGAAUAGAGGAUUCAAUCCACCAUUUCGCGCGCAUCCAAACCUAUCAUACCGGAGCAACAAUGUGGAGAAUCCAAAUGACCAAGUCUACCCCAAUCAAGGAGCGUAUCAAGGAGGCCAAUACCAAUCCAAGCCACAACAAGUCUAUCCAAGAGGGAUGUACCAAGUGAAGCAACCAUUCACUUUUUCUCAAGAAACAAAUCCAACCCAAACCGGAGAGAAGGUUGACGUGGCGUUGAAGAAAUACAUGGAGGAGCAGAGAUUGAUCACCAAGAACCUAUAUGAGAAGCUUGAUCACAUGUUUGGUGAUCUAAGCAGCAAGUUUGGGUCUCUCUCUACUCACGUUCAAAAGCUUGAGGUGCAAAUCGCUCAAACAGCCGAGGCGGCCAAGAAACAAAAUGAGGUAAACACUCAAAAAUUUUGUAGUGUUGUCUCAUCUAUAGAUGGCACAAUUGUUCCUACACUAUCUCAAGGGGAAGAAGAAGAAAAUGAGCCUAAGGAGAGGCACAAACCGGAGAGAUACAGUUGGGAAUCAAGAAGAGCUUACAAGAGAAGACUUGAAGGCAAGCCACUACAAAAACAAGAAGAUCCGGGGAAGUUUGUGAUAACUUCAAGUAUCAAUGGCAUUCAACUCCAUGAUUGCCUAUGUGAUACUGGUGCUAAUGUUAAUCUAAUGUCUCUUGCACUUGCAAAAGAUUUGGGAUUCAAGGAAUUCAAGAGCCCCAAGAUAAGAGUCGAGUUCGCGGAUCUAUCGUGCAUGGAACCUAUGGAAUGCUUGAAGAUGUCAUGA